CUUUUUUUUUUUUAACUAUUCAGCAUGUCGAAUUUCCCUCCCGGAUGGUUCUUUAUCCAAUCUAAAUGCUCGCAUCAAAUGGUACUCGAUGUUCACUUGGAUUCGUUAAAAGCAGCGGCAAAAGUGGUUGUUUGGCCCAAGAAGACAAAAGAUAUGGAUAACCAACUAUGGAUGUAUGAUCACGGUUACAUCAUCAACAAGAAUUCCGGCAUGGUUUUAGACGUGCAAGGAGGUAUGUUGGAAAACGAUAAGCAAAUCAUCCAGUAUAAACGAAAAAUGAUCGAAGACGCCCAAAAUCAAAGAUGGUACUAUCGUGAAGAUGGUGUUAUAUACCCCCAAGUUAAUCCCAACUUGGUCCUUGACAUUAGAGGUAAUUGGACAAAACCAGGUACUGUUGUCUUACUUUAUAAUCGAAAAUAUGAAGACAAUUUAAAUCAACUGUGGGAUUUGAUACCCUUUGGAACAAGUGAUUCUUCUAGUCAAAUCAGUUCGACCAGUGUCUCACUAAAUGAGAAGGAAGAUGAGGACUACUCAUUUAGUUCGGCGACCUAUGCAUUGUAAUUUUAAUUAAAAAAAAAAAAAAAAAAAAA